AAUAGCACAGUCAUUGCACCUGUAGGGCAUCAGUCUUCAGCCGUCCAGUCGACCUGUCAUAUCUUAUACUUUUAUCAUCGACAGCCAUAAACUCAAAACCAAAAUGAGCAUCAAAAUGUCACUGUUCGCCGUCGUUGCCUGCUGCCUGGUCGCCAUUUCCGUCGCUGCCCCGUCCGGCUUGGCUCCCGUGCCACUUGUUGCCGCCGCACCGGUUGUGGCCGCUCCCGUCCAACCUGUGGUCACUGCAUACAGUUCGCAAUACGUGGCCAGAAACUACAACGGCAUCGUAGUCGCACCCGCCGUCGUCCCGUCCGCGGCCGUUGUGGGCUACCCAGCACCCGCACCCAUCUACGCACCCUCCGCAUACGCCUACCCGAGUCCACUGGUCCAAGACUACUUGUUCUAAACUUCCGGCGCCGAUCGAGAGUUCAUCGCAUAGUAAACAGCAGUGACAUUUCAGUGCGUUGAAGUCUCUCCGUCGCACAUUCUUCGUUUCGCAAUCAUCGUCUAUGCCUACGUCUAUCUAUACCUAUUUUACUUUAUCUAUUAUAACAACAAUAUUUGUGUGAUUAUCAAUUAUAUGCUGUCAUGUUUAUUUUGACGACUCCUACAGUACGAUUUUCAAAGUAUAAAUAAACCGAAAACCGUUUACUCUUCACAAACGAUAUGAGUUAACAGAA